CGGUUCCCUAGCUUAAACGGCGGGAGCGGUGGCAUGACAGCGGAGCUAAAAAGGGGGGGCGGCUUGUCGCUUUCACGGAAACCUCCCGCUGCGACUGACGCCGUCAGCUUGCAGCGUCCCGAACAUACACACCGCCCCUCCUGUUCCCAGACCCCAAUUUGUUCCGCCUUUUCUACCUUUGACAUCUCGCUGACACCACGUAUGCUGUCUGUAGGCUCAAUUGGCGCAUUCAAUUUAGCACAACUGUCGCAAUUGGAGCCGUCACUCCCGACAAGCGCUCUGCACCGCAGCUCAUGCGCUCUUAAAGGAAGCUAUGCCCCGAAAACUUUCAAACCCCUUCGCCUCGCCCAGCAUGCCACCUUCUGAGAAGGCAGGCGAGCGCCGGCCUUCCCAGUCCAAGGGCAACCGCCUGGCCGGCUUCUUCUCAACAAAAUCGAAGGAGCAGUCCCCGGCGACGCAGACCCACCAGCAGGGCGUGUCGCAGCAAAUGACAUCCACCGCCAUGUCUUUGCCGACCAUCUCCUUGUCGACUGCUUCGGCUGCCGGAGAGCUCAGCAGCGACGAGCCUCCAACCACCCUAUUUCAGCCCCCUUCGGCCGACGAGACCAGGACGCGGCAGCGUGCCGAGGCCGAGUUCGGACCACUACUCAGCCCAAGUCAUCGAUACGUCAGUGCGCACCAUGGCAAGCGGCUGGACCCGCCCAUUGAAGACGAGCCCCCAUACUACUAUCUUCUCACCACCUAUAUUAGCUACCUGCUCUUAAUCUUCUGUGGCCACGUGAGGGACUUCUUCGGCAAGCGCUUCGGCGACAAGAAACACUAUCGGCCCCUCAAGGCAUUCAACGGAUACGCCCCGCUUAAUGACGACUUUGACAACUUCUAUGUAAGACGAUUGAAGAGGCGCCUUGACGACUGCUUCGCCCGACCCACGACUGGUGUUCCCGGGCGCUACAUUACCCUCAUGGACCGCAAGUCGGACGAUUUCAACCGCUCGUACAAACUCACUGGCACCUACACGGAGACGCUAAAUGUGAGCUCGUACAACUAUCUUGGGUUUGCUCAGUCAGAGGGUCCCUGUGCCGAUGCUGCCGAGGAGUGCGUACGCAAGUAUGGCAUGAGUUUUUGCAGCCCCAGGGCUGAUGCCGGCACCUCGGAUCUCGUCCUCGAGGUUGAGCGCGAGGUAGCCCAGUUUGUGGGCAAACCCGCCGCAAUGGUAUUCUCGAUGGGCUUCGUGACAAACGCCGGUACUUUCCCGGCUCUCGUAUCCAAGGGCUGCCUCAUUAUCUCGGACGAACUGAACCACGCCUCGAUUCGCGUUGGUGCCCGUCUUUCCGGCGCUGUCAUCCGGUCGUUCAAGCACAACAACAUGGACGAUUUGGAGAAGAAGCUGCGCGAGGCCAUCGCUCAGGGUCAACCCCGCACUCACCGGCCUUGGAAAAAGAUUUUGGUUGUCGUCGAGGGUCUCUACUCGAUGGAGGGCACCAUGGUUGACCUUCCCGGCGUUCUGGAGCUGAAGAGAAAGUACAAGUUCUUCCUCUACAUGGAUGAAGCUCACAGUAUCGGAGCGGUAGGCCCCAACGGCCGCGGUGUCUGCGACUAUUUCGGCGUGGACCCGGGCGAGAUUGACAUUCUCAUGGGGACGCUGACCAAGUCUUUUGGCGCCAACGGCGGUUAUGUUGCCGCCGAAAAGCACAUCAUUGACAAGCUCAGAAUGACCAACCCGGCUGCCCUUCUGGGUGAAUCACCUGCUCCGUCGGUCCUGAUGCAGAUCCUUUCGUCUCUCCGAGUCAUCACGGGACAAAUCGCACCUGGACAAGGCGAAGAGCGCCUGCAGCGCAUCGCCUUCAACUCGCGGUAUCUUCGCCUGGGCCUCAAGCGCCUCGGAUUCAUUGUCUACGGUCACGACGACUCCCCCAUCAUUCCCAUCAUGCUCUACAACCCGGGUAAGAUGUCGGCUUUCAGCCACGAGAUGCUCAAGCGCAAGAUCUCGGUGGUGCUUGUCGGCUACCCCGCCACACCCCUCAUCAGCUCGCGCGCACGCUUCUGUAUUUCUGCCGCCCACAACAAGGAGGACAUGGACCGCCUGUUGGCCGCCUGCGACGAGGUGGGCGACAUUCUGCAGCUCAAGUUUUCUACCGGCGUUGCAGGCGGACAGGAGCCGCUGCCUGAGGGCGUUACCCCCGAGAUGGAGAAGGAAUGGCGCAAGGCGAACGGCCUGGAGGGCGUAAUCAAGCCCCCGAGAUGGAAGCUGGAAGAUGUCAUUGCCCGCGGCGUGGAGGACUGCAAGCAGCCGCUGAGGUAAAACAUGGUCAUCACGUUGCUCUUGGUAAAUAUGGGAGUUUGGCGGAUGCACAUAUUGAAACGGGAUGGGUGCACACAGUCUUUCCUGACUGGACCUAGAGGAAGGGGAUAUGUCAAAGGCCUGCGGUAAUGUGUAAGAUUCGGACUCUUAUUCUGACGGAGAUACGGCGGAUGUAAUGACGCGGCGAAAUGACUGAAGGUCGAGGCCUGUUUCCCUGGUUGCUACGGGAGUCCAUGGUGGUUGUGCCCAGUCUUACCGGUAAUAUAAGGUAUUAUAAGGGGUAGGUUGAGGGUGACGGCGCAGUUGGGGGCAUCGGCUUCUUGUUUUGUUGGAUGAAGGGUUUCGAAUCCAUCGUUGGGAUGGCUUUGGCUAGGAAUAGAAGCUGUACCACCCCGUCGGUCCAGUAGGACUUCACAAACCAGUAUCCAAGUGGCAUUUGUGU